AUGAAGAAGGCAGUCAAGAUGAAUCCUUAGAUUCCAAGACUUCUUUGCCAUCAGAUGAGUCGGUAAAGGACCACAACACAGCAGGCAGAGUAGUUGCUGGUCAGAUAUUUCUUGAUUCCGAAGAAUCAGAAUUAGAAUCACCAGUUCAAGAAGAGGAAGACAGCCUCAGGAGCCAAGAAGGGGAAAGUGUCGCAGAAGAGAUCAGCUUUCUAGAAUCUCCGAAUCCAGAAAACAAGGACUAUGAAGAACCAACGAAAGUACAGAAACAAGGUAGUCUGGACAUUUUCCUUGCUUUUAAAGAUACCUUAUACUACCAUUUACUUUUGCUCAUUUUUGUUAAUUUUCAGGUUGGUCUGGGACAACUGCAUCUGCACGGAGGGCGUGGAGUAGAACAAAAUCAUCAGAGAGCAUUUGACUACUUCAAUUUAGCAGCUAAUGCUGGCAAUUCACAUGCGAUGGCCUUCUUGGGAAAGAUGUAUUCAGAGGGAAGUGAUAUUGUACCACAGAGUAAUGAGACAGCUCUUCACUACUUUAAGAAAGCUGCUGACAUGGGAAACCCAGUCGGACAGAGUGGACUCGGAAUGGCUUAUCUCUAUGGGAGAGGAGUUCAAGUUAAUUAUGAUCUGGCACUAAAGUAUUUCCAGAAAGCUGCUGAACAAGGCUGGGUGGAUGGGCAACUGCAGCUUGGCUCUAUGUACUAUAAUGGCAUUGGAGUCAAGAGGGAUUAUAAACAGGCCUUGAAGUAUUUUAAUUUAGCUUCUCAGGGAGGCCACAUCUUGGCUUUCUAUAACCUAGCCCAGAUGCACGCCAGCGGCACAGGUGUGAUGCGAUCGUGUCACACUGCAGUGGAGUUGUUUAAGAACGUCUGUGAACGAGGCCGCUGGUCCGAGAGGCUUAUGAUGGCCUAUAACAGCUAUAAAGAUGGCGACUACAAUGCCGCCGUGAUCCAGUACCUCCUGCUGGCCGAACAGGGCUACGAAGUGGCGCAGAGCAAUGCAGCCUUCAUUCUCGAUCAGAGGGAAGCAACCAUUGUGGGGGAGAACGAGACUUACCCCAGAGCUUUGCUGCACUGGAACAGGGCCGCCUCUCAAGGCUAUACCGUGGCUAGAAUUAAGCUUGGAGACUACCAUUUCUAUGGCUUUGGCACUGAUGUAGACUACGAGACCGCAUUUAUUCAUUAUCGUCUAGCGUCUGAGCAGCAACACAGUGCCCAGGCUAUGUUUAAUCUGGGAUAUAUGCAUGAGAAGGGACUAGGCAUUAAACAGGAUAUUCACCUUGCGAAACGUUUUUAUGACAUGGCAGCUGAAGCCAGCCCAGACGCACAAGUACCAGUCUUCCUAGCACUAUGCAAAUUAGGUGUGGUGUAUUUCUUGCAAUACAUACGGGAAACAAAUGUAAGUGUUCCAUGCCUCUUUUUUUUUUAA